UCUGGUCGCGCCACGUACAGAUCACACUACUCAUUUGCACCCUUGAAACGAGAGAACUCGGUCCUCGUCGUGCUGCAUGUUGAAGUGCAUUUUGCGAUCGCUCACACUAUUUCUGAUACGACGCUUGAGGCGAAGAAGAUCGCAUUUUGUCGGAUGAACAGCCACCUCCAGCUCAAGUGCCGGUCCGAGCAGCAGGUGCUCAACGACCUCACCAAGUGCGUCGCCGCCAAGGACUACACGUCCAAGCGCACUGCGGCUCUCCUCCAUGAGCUCACGUUCUUCUACGUCUCGGUCGUCGCCGACGCCGACGGCUCGAGCGCGUACGUCCACGACUCGGUGCUCCGCGACCUCUCGACGCUGCUCGUCAACAUCAAGGACAAGAAGGAGGACCAGAAGCUCGUGCGCAUUGUACACGUUCUCUUGCAGCACAUUGCGCAGCAAGUCCAGUUUGCCCAGCGCCUCGCCGCCCACGACCCCUCCGCUGCAAGCCGGUCGACGCCCCGCGGCGACAACACGGGCGCGAUCCUCGUCCAGCUCGCGUCGCUCUUGGACGUUGUCGCCAAGAAUGAGAUCAACCACCCGUUUCCGCCACGGCGGGUAUCGGCGUAUAAGCUCUACACAGUCCUCUGCGCGACGCUGCGCCAGCCCGAGCGCUGCUACAGUCUCGUAUCGGGCAUCGCGUCAUCUAGCGCAUGGACGAUGCUCAAGCUCACGAGCGCCAAGAAGAAGACGGACAAAGACCUUCCGACCCAAGUCGCGCUCCUCGAUGCGUCCUUGCAGGUCGCUCGGUCGCUCCGUGAGACGGCGCCGCAGAUCCUCGACCCACUCCUUCCACAGCUCAUCGCAGGCGCGUUCAUUCCGAGCCGACACGCCGCAGCCACGUGUCUUGCGCUCUUCGACACCAAGCCACUGCAGGUGGUCGACGCACUCAUGGCGCACGUCGGGACAGGAUCCGUUUCGAUCAACACACCCGACGCAAUCACGACCUGCUACCUUCUCAAGCUCUGCGGCAAGAUCGCGCGACUGCCCGUGGGCAACCGCGAGGCCAGCGCCGUGGCCGCCAACCUCCUCGACAUGAACUUUGACGCGCCGGCCGCACCCAAGAGCGUCAGCGGCCCCGUGAUUGAGCAGCACAUUUCAACGCGCGUCGCUGACCUCCUCCUCGACGUGUGCAUGCAAAAGCACACGUUCGUGCUCGCUUCCGCCCCGACCGCCGGCGGCCCGCCAACGCUAGCGCCGUGCACCGUGCUCCUCACAGCGAUCGAAGAAAUGACGCGCGGCCAAGUCGCGCCCAAGUGCUUUGAGAAGGUCCGCGGUGGCUUGAGCCCGUUCGAGAUUGCGGCCAAUGGCAUCCAGCUCGUGCUCACGACCCACGGGCAGAGUCCUCUCGUGCUGCACCGCGUGUGCCGGGCCGUGACGGCGGUCGCGUCGGCCUUUGACCUCGCGCUCAUCUCGUUUUCAGCGCACCACUUGGAUUUUCUCAGCAAAAUCACAGAGGCCAUUUGGAACAUCGCUGACGCGACAACGUCAUUUGCACCGUGCGUGCUGCAGGAGAGCCUCGUCGCGCUCGUGUGGCUACUGCCGCGGCGGGCGCCGUCCCGGACAGCGUCGCAAGCCCAUCUGGCGACGACCAGUGGCUGGCCCGAGCUCGUGCCGCAGCUGCUGUCGCUGCCACCGAGCGCGGUGUCGCACCUCGAGCGCGAAGCCAUCGUGCGCGCGCUCUUGGCACGUGCAACGCUCGUCGACGUCGACCCGACGCUGCUCGGGUAUGCCGCCAGCGUUCUCCAGCAUUGGUACGAGCAUUCGCCAAGCCAUUGGCACGGCGACGUCUUCCAGGCGCUCUGGCACAUUUACGUCUCGAGCGACAAGUGUUUCCGGCCGGCCGUCUUUGGCAGCCCGCUCGCCGUGCUCGACUUGCACCAAAGCCACGCUGAGAACGACCGGUCGACGCAGGCGAUGCAGUACACCAAAUGCAUUGCCAUCCAUUUCCUCACAACGACCCCCGUGCUCUUGGAUCCGAGCUGCGCGGCCAUGUGCGGUAGCGUGGUCCUACGCCUUGCCAAGCUCGCCAUGCUCGACGACUGGCCGGUGCGGCGGUCGGCCGUCGCGGGGCUUCUGCGGUUGCAGAGCGCACCCCGCGUGUCGCCGGUUCUCGCCAGCUUGCGCCGGCACGCGCCAUCGCAGGGAUACGCCGACCUCCUCGUCGCGACAAGUGCAUAAGAGACAGCAGGUGCUUGUAUUACGAUAACGGACGACUACUUGAACGUGUUGAAGUCGCGCACUUCGUUGACGA